CAUAGAUUUGAAUACAUGCUUUGUUGCCCUGCUUUUGGAGGCGACCCAGUGCCUGUCGAGCCGCGAGCAGCCAGACAGACGGACCAGCUGAGGACAAGAAAGAGAAAAAUAAUCCUCCACACACAGAGAUCCAUCCUUGCCUACCUCACCUCUCAGUUUCAGGCUCCCAACAUGGCCGCCGCGGCGCCGAUCACCCCGGAGGAGCAGGAGGAACUUAGAGAAGCUUUUGCCAAGAUUGAUGUUGACAACAACGGAUUCAUCAGCAAGGACGAGCUCACAGCGCUUUUCCGCGCGGCCAAUUUGCCGCUGCCGGGCUACAGGGUACGCGAGAUCGUCCAGGAGCUUACCAAGACCAGCGACCAGCUCACCCUGGAAGAGUUCACGCAGAUCGUCCACGGGCUGAAGAGCAGCGAGGUGGCACAGACCUUCAGGAAGGCAAUCAAUAAGAAAGAGGGAAUCUUUCACGUGGCGGGAACCUCGGAGCAGUCGGGCACCCAGCACUCGUACUCCGAGGAAGAGAAGGUGGCCUUCGUGAACUGGAUCAAUAAAGCUCUGGAGAAGGACGCAGACUGCAAACACGUCCUGCCCAUGGAUCCUAACAGCGAUGACCUGUUCACCGCCAUGGGAGAUGGGAUCGUGUUCUGUAAGAUGAUCAACCUGUCUGUGCCUGAUACCAUCGAUGAGAGAACCAUCAACAAGAAGAAGCUCACACCGUUCACCGUCCAGGAGAACCUGAACCUGGCUCUGAACUCGUCGUCGGCCAUCGGCUGCCACGUGGUGAACAUUGGAGCCGAGGACAUCAAGGAGGGCCGACAGCACCUGGUGCUCGGUCUGCUCUGGCAAAUCAUCAAGAUUGGGCUGUUCGCCGACAUUGAGCUCAGCAAGAACGAAGCUCUGGUUGCCCUGCUGCGUGACGGAGAGAGUCUGGAGGAUCUGAUGAAACUGUCCCCUGAGGAGCUGCUGCUGCGCUGGGCCAACUAUCACUUGGAGGCGGCCGGCGGCCCUAAGAUCAGUAACUUCAGCUCCGACAUCAAGGUGAGCACUCAUCAUCAUCAUUAUCAUAAUAAUAAUAAUAAUACCUUUAAGGGGAAUGAGAGGGGAGAAAAGAGCAGGCCGGAUGUUGCUCUGCAGGAGAAAGACGACGUGAAGCGAGCUGAGUGCAUGCUGGAUCAGGCCGACCGGCUCGGAGCCCGACAGUUCGUCAUGCCAACGGAUGUCGUCCGCGGAAACCCCAAACUGAACCUGGCUUUCGUUGCCAAUUUGUUCAACAAGUACCCGGCUCUGAAGAAACCCGAGAACCAGGAUUUUGACUGGAGCUCCAUCGAAGGGGAAACCAGGGAGGAGCGGACCUUCAGGAACUGGAUGAACUCGCUUGGGGUCAACCCUCGGGUCAACCACCUCUACGUAGACAUUGAUGACGCCCUGGUGAUCUUUCAGUUGUACGAGAAGAUUAAGGUCCGAGUGGACUGGGACCAAGUCAACAAGCCGCCCUACCCCAAACUGGGCAGCAACAUGAAGAAGCUGGAGAACUGCAACUACGCAGUCAAGUUAGGAAAGGACGUGGCCAAGUUCUCUCUGGUGGGCAUUGCCGGCCAGGACCUGAACGCUGGGAAUCGAACCCUCACCCUUGCUCUGCUCUGGCAGCUCAUGAGGAGAUACACGCUGAACAUCCUGGAGGACCUGGGCGACGGACAGAAGGUGACCGACGACACCAUCGUGUCCUGGGUCAACGACACUCUCACACACGCCGGGAAACCCAAAAUCUCCAGUUUCAAGGACUUGUCCAUCAGCAGCAGCAUGCCGGUUCUGGACCUGAUUGACUCCAUCCAGCCCGGAUCGAUCCGAUACGACCUGGUGAAGACAGAAGACCUGACGGAGGAUGAGAAACUCAACAACGCAAAGUACGCCAUCUCCAUGGCAAGAAAGAUCGGCGCUCGGGUGUACGCGCUGCCGGAGGACCUGGUGGAGAUCAAACCCAAGAUGGUGAUGACGGUGUUCGCCUGCCUCAUGGCGCGUGGCAUGAAGAUAGCCUGAAGAACACAGACACCCAAAAUAUUCACACACAAGAAGAAUGGAAGAUAAAUUAUGGGACGCAUUCAAAAACAUCAAUGUCUCAAAAUAAAAACGACAUUGGAAAGAAAAGUUCAGUAAAACCACUGCAGUCUUUUAAAAGAAGUUUUAUUAAACUUAAUUUCAAAUUACAUUACAAAUUCUCGUAAGAACAAAACAUUUCAUUUUGCAAAGCAACAAUGCUCCUUUACAUACAUAAAUAAAUAAAAUAAAGUACAUAGUACAAACAUAAUAAAUGAAAUACCCCACAGCAGUCUGUUACAGAUAUUCCUCACAUACAGUGGUUUGAAUAAGUUUACACCCCCAUGCUAAAGUUAAUUAAAACGAGGAAUAAAAAAACAUGUUUUGUAAAUUAAUCUUAAUGCCUUAAUUCAAAAAAUUUAGGAAAAUCCAACCUUUUAAAGACACCAAUUUUAUUUGGAAAUGAAGAAUGUAUUGUGAAUAAAUAAAUGUCCUUCCUUAAAACACAG